AUGAGCACUGUGAACCUGGGCGCUUGUGAUGGGCGAGGGGGGCGAGAAAGGGGAGGGAGCGAGGGAAGAGAGCGCAGUGGGAAAGGAGAGCUGAUCGAGUCUGGAGAGCGCAGUGAGAAAGGAGAGCUGAUCGGGUCUGGAGAGCGGAGUGAGAAAGGAGAGCUGAUCGGGUCUGGAGAGCGGAGUGAGAAAGGAGAGCUGAUCGGGUCUGGAGAGCGGAGUGAGAAAGGAGAGCUGAUCGGGUCUGGAGAGCGGAGUGAGAAAGGAGAGAUGAUCGGGUCUGGAGAGCGGAGUGAGAAAGGAGAGCUGAUCGGGUCUGGAGAGCGGAGUGAGAAAGGAGAGCUGAUCGGGUCUGGAGAGCGGAGUGAGAAAGGAGAGCUGAUCGGGUCUGGAGAGCGGAGUGAGAAAGGAGAGCUGAUCGGGUCUGGAGAGCGGAGUGAGAAAGGAGAGCUGAUCGGGUCUGGAGAGCGGAGUGAGAAAGGAGAGCUGAUCGGGUCUGGAGAGCGGAGUGAGAAAGGAGAGCUGAUCGGGUCUGGAGAGCGGAGUGAGAAAGGAGAGCUGAUCGGGUCUGGAGAGCGGAGUGAGAAAGGAGAGCUGAUCGGGUCUGGAGAGCGGAGUGAGAAAGGAGAGCUGAUCGGGUCUGGAGAGCGGAGUGAGAAAGGAGAGCUGAUCGGGUCUGGAGAGCGGAGUGAGAAAGGAGAGCUGAUCGGGUCUGGAGAGCGGAGUGAGAAAGGAGAGCUGAUCGGGUCUGGAGAGCGGAGUGAGAAAGGAGAGCUGAUCGGGUCUGGAGAGCGGAGUGAGAAAGGAGAGCUGAUCGGGUCUGGAGAGCGGAGUGAGAAAGGAGAGCUGAUCGGGUCUGGAGAGCGGAGUGAGAAAGGAGAGCUGAUCGGGUCUGGAGAGCGGAGUGAGAAAGGAGAGCUGAUCGGGUCUGGAGAGCGGAGUGAGAAAGGAGAGCUGAUCGGGUCUGGAGAGCGGAGUGAGAAAGGAGAGCUGAUCGGGGCGCUGGAUGAGCGAGGGGGGCGAGAGAGGGAAGUGAGGAUCGAGAGAGAAGGGAGAGCUGGUCUUCGGGGGGCGGCCACUGUUGCUGGCAUGGGCAUGCGUGCAGGCAUGCGUGCAGGCACAGGUGCAGUUGCAGGUGCUGCUGCUGCCGCUGGUGCGGAUAAGGCGGUGACGCGGGCGUGGGUGGGGGGGCUGCGAGUGCUGGUGGUGGACGACACGCCCGUCAACCUCCUCGUGGCCCGCCGCUCCCUCGCCCGCUGGGGCGCCCAAGUCACCACUGCUUCCCAUGGCCAGCAGGCCGUUGAACUCAUCGCUGCUGGCUUGCAGGAGAGCUCCCUCGCCCGCUGCGGCGCCCUCGUCACCACCACCUCUAUUGGGCUGGAGGCGAUUGAGUCGAUUGCUGCUGGCCUCGUCUCCUCCGCCUCCCACGGGCAGCAGGCCAUUGACCCGCUCGCUGCUGGGUUGGUGGGGUGUGGGGGAUGGGAGGAGGAAGAGAGAGGGCAGCAGGCAGUUGGGGAGGAGGGAAGACAGCAGCAGGAGGCGAGAGGGGAACAGGAGGCGAGAGGGGAGAAGGAGACGAGAGGGAAAGAGGAGGGGAGAGGGAAGCAGGAGGCAAGAGGGCAAGAGGAAGGGAGAGGGAAGCAGCUGGCGAGAGGGCAGGAGGAAGGGAGAGGGAAGCAGCUGGCGAGAGGGCAGGACGAGGGGGAUGCGUCCUUGCAGCAUGGCUUCGAUUUGGUUCUCAUGGACUUGCAGAUGCCGGGCAUGAAUGGCUUCGCAGCAGCAGCAGCCAUACGAGCUCUUGAGAGGAGGAUGAGGUUUGAAACCAUUUCACGGGCACAGAAAAGGCAGCAGCAAACCCCUUGUGCUCUUUGCAUCCCUCUCCUAGAAGCUUCAAACCCUGCUGCUGCUGGCACUGGUGUUGGUGCUGUUGCUGCUGCUGCUGGAGGUGAUGGUGGGUGGGUAGGGUCUCUGCGGGUGCCCAUAGUGGCUCUGACAGCAGACGUGGAUCGCAGAGUGGUGCAGAGGUGUGCAGAAGGGGGGUUUGACGGUGUGCUGCAGAAGCCAGUGGAUGCCCACCUGCUCGCCGCCCGCCUCGCCCAGAUGCACUCCCAGAGGUCACUCCUACAGAUCAUGCCACACCCCAAUACUGGCAUCCCACCACAAACAGACACCAUCGAUGCAGCAGCCAGUGAUUCUUUUGAAUGCUGA